UUUCAGGAAACUAAAAGAAAUCAUGGCGUCAUGACGUCUUCACGAGAGUUUUGUUGUACAGCACUGAAAUAUGCUGAAAUGUGUUAGCCGGUGGGCCCUUACAGCGAGAUAUUGUCCGAUUGUAUGAUAUUGUCUACGGUUUUCAUUCGAAGUAUUAGAGGUGUCUCGACUCUGCCCGUCAGAAUGAGUGAUCCGGCUGUGAAGAGGGUGGUGAGCACUAUCAUUCGCUCUCCAGAGGACAAACGGGAGUAUCGCGGACUUGAGUUUACAAAUGGCCUGAAAGCCAUUCUGAUCAGUGACCCCACCACUGACAAAUCAUCAGCUGCAAUGGAUGUCCACAUAGGUUCUUUGUCUGAUCCUGAAAAAAUUUCAGGACUAGCACACUUCUGUGAGCACAUGCUGUUUCUUGGUACAGAAAAGUACCCCAAAGAGAACGAGUACAGCCAGUUUUUGAGUGAGCACGCCGGCAGCUCCAACGCCUUCACCAGCGGAGAACACACCAAUUACUACUUUGAUGUAUCCCAUGAGCAUCUGCAAGGGGCAUUGGACAGGUUUGCCCAGUUCUUCCUCUGUCCUCUCUUUGAUGAGAGCUGUAAGGACAGAGAGGUGAACGCAGUGGACUCUGAACAUGAGAAGAACCUCAUGAAUGACGCUUGGAGGCUAUUUCAGCUGGAGAAAGCCACUGGGAACCCCAAACACCCCUUUAGCAAGUUUGGAACUGGCAAUAAGUUAACCCUUGAGACAAGGCCAUCUCAACAGGGCAUUGACAUCCGUGAAGAGCUGCUCAAGUUUCAUUCCACCUACUACUCAUCCAACCUGAUGGCACUGUGUGUGCUGGGCAGAGAGACAUUGGAUGAAUUGACAUCUAUGGUGGUGAAGCUUUUUGGAGAGGUGGAGAACAAGAACGUUCCUCUUCCAGAAUUUCCCACACACCCUUUCCAAGAGGAACAUCUAAGGCAAUUUUACAAAGUCGUGCCCAUCAAGGACAUUAGAAACCUGUAUGUGACCUUCCCCAUCCCAGACCUACAGAAGUACUACAAGUCAAACCCGGGUCAUUAUUUGGGCCAUUUGAUUGGACAUGAAGGUCCAGGGAGUCUUCUGUCUGAGCUCAAGGCUAAAGGAUGGGUGAACACACUCGUCGGAGGCCAGAAAGAAGGAGCCAGAGGAUUUAUGUUCUUCAUUAUUAAUGUGGACUUGACGGAAGAGGGACUCUUGCAUGUCGAGGAUAUCAUCUUCCACAUGUUCCAGUACAUUCAGAAGCUGCGGACGGAGGGGCCUCAGGAGUGGGUCUUUCAGGAGUGCAAAGAUUUGAACACUGUGGCUUUUAGAUUCAAAGAUAAGGAACGUCCACGUGGAUACACGUCUAAAGUGGCUGGACUACUGCAUUAUUAUCCACUGGAGGAGGUGCUAGCUGCUGAAUACUUGCUAGAAGAAUUCAGACCAGACCUCAUAGAGAUGGUACUUGAUAAACUGAGACCAGAAAACUUCCGGGUUGCUGUUGUCUCCAAAUCAUUUGAAGGACAGACGGACAGGACUGAAGAGUGGUAUGGCACACAGUAUAAGCAGGAAGCCAUUUCUGAUGAGGUCAUUAAGAAAUGGCAAAAUGCUAAUCUCAAUGGAAAAUUCAAGCUACCAAUGAAGAAUGAAUUCAUCCCAACCAACUUUGAAAUAUACCCUCUAGAGAAGGAUUCCCCUUCUGCCCCCACUUUAAUCAAGGACACAGCAAUGAGUAAAGUUUGGUUCAAACAGGAUGACAAGUUUUUCCUGCCAAAGGCUUGUUUAAAUUUUGAGUUCUUCAGUCGCUACCUAUAUGCAGACCCGCUGCACUGCAACAUGACUUACCUGUUUCUCAAGUUGUUGAAGGAUGAUUUGAGAGAGUAUACAUAUGCAGCCCGCCUGGCAGGGUUGAUCUAUGGCAUAGCCUUUGGAAUGAAUGCUCUCAUUCUGUCAGUGAAGGGUUAUAACGACAAACAACACAUCCUGCUGAAGAAGAUCAUUGAAAAGAUGGCCACAUUUCAGAUUGACGAGAAACGCUUUGAAAUCAUUAAAGAAGCGUAUAUGAGGUCUCUGAACAACUUCCGUGCUGAGCAGCCCCACCAGCAUGCCAUGUAUUACCUGCGGCUGCUCAUGACAGAGGUAGCCUGGACCAAAGACGAACUCAGAGACUGUUUAGAUGAUGUCACAUUGCCUCGUCUCAAAGCGUUCAUUCCGCAGCUGCUGUCACGGUUACACAUUGAAGCUUUGCUGCAUGGCAACAUCACCAAACAGUCCGCUCUGGGCAUGAUGCAGAUGUUGGAGGACACACUCAUUGAACAUGCUCGCACUAAGCCCCUCCUACCAAGUCAGCUGAUUCGCUACAGGGAAGUCCAGGUUCCUGAUGGUGGUUGGUAUGUUUACCAGCAGAGGAACGAGGUUCAUAAUAACUGUGGAAUUGAGAUUUACUACCAGACGGAUAUGCAGAAUACUCAUGAGAACAUGCUACUGGAGCUCUUCUGUCAGAUCAUCUCUGAGCCCUGCUUCAACACGCUACGCACCAAAGAACAGCUGGGUUACAUAGUGUUCAGUGGUCCCCGCAGGGCCAAUGGCAUCCAGGGUCUGCGUUUCAUCAUCCAGUCUGAGAAGGCUCCGCACUACCUGGAGUCUCGUGUGGAGGCCUUUCUCAAGACCAUGGAGAAGAGUGUGGAGGAGAUGGGAGAGGAAGCAUUUCAGAAACACAUUCAGGCACUGGCCAUCCGCCGACUGGACAAACCUAAGAAACUGGCAGCUGAGUGUGCCAAGUACUGGGGAGAGAUCAUCUCUCAGCAGUACAACUUUGACAGGGAUAAUGUUGAAGUGGCUUACCUGAAGACACUAACGAAGGAGAACAUUAUGCAGUUUUACAGGGACCUGUUGGCCAUUAACGCUCCAAGAAGACACAAGGUGUCAGUGCACGUGCUGUCCAGAGAGAUGGACUCCUGUCCUCUGGUGGGAGAGUUUCCUGCACAGAAUGAUGUCAAUCUGGCUCCUGCUCCCUCACUUCCUCAGCCGGUGUUGGUAGAGAAUAUGACUAAUUUCAAAAGGAGUUUGCCGCUGUUCCCUCUAACCAAACCUCACAUCAACUUCAUGGCUGCCAAACUGUGACCAGCAUCAUGAGGUUACCAGAGACUCCCGAAUCUGGAGCCAGUAACACCGUUAUCUGUGUGUGAGUGUUUUGAGUGUUUCUAUGCAGGCAGGGCCAUAAUAGUGCCGCUUGCAACAUUUUAUUUGUGCUCUGUGUCAGACAUGUAGAGGUCACACAGUCACCUAAUAUCUCAUAGAUACAACGAACAUUCGUUGUGAAGACCGUCUUAGUGGAGGGGAAAAAUCAUGUUUCUGUCAGGAAAUUAUUUUCCCUGUAUAAUAUAGGACAUACUCACUGGGGACGAAGACACUUAUACGUUGUGAUUCUUCAGUUCCUAAUGGGUUUAAUAUUUCGUUUAAAAAUGCUGUUUAUUUACUGCUGCUCAGCUAAACCAUCACAAGCUGGGGCAACAUAUCAAGUGAUUCUGGCCUUAAAAUUAUUUUAAACAGUGAUCAGGUUUUCUGGCACCUUUUUAUAUACAUAUAUAUAUAAAAAAAGAAAAGUUUAAUUUAAAAGAGUUGCUUUUGAAGAGUUGUUUUUAGGCUGUUGUUUUCAUUGCAUGUUGACAGAGUUUUAUCUUAAGGAUAGUGUUGUAAAUUCAUCUGCGCAAAGGUGGUUACGAUUGGUUUUGAUUUUAUUUGUGGUUGAAGGAAUAUCAUAAUAAACCAUUUUUUAAAAUAAUUUUCAUUUGUUUAUUGUUAAUUGUUUUUCUUUUGUACUUUUUAGCUUCCAAAAUAUCACCUCUAAAACUGUUUUAUUAUUUUCAUUACCUAAACUCAAUUUCAUUGUAGAAAUAUAUAUGUCUCUUAAUUGUUUCGCCUCAUUUAUUAAACACAAAUUUGUGUAAAUCGUUCGUAAAACUCUUCUUGCAUUAUUUGUUGCGGGAAUGCAUGAAUGUAAGAGUGGUUUUACGAAUGUUUUACGUAAAUCGAUGCAUUGAAUGCGGCAGUUUAUGCACGAGAACAAUUGAGGUAAAUUGCUGCGUUGAAUGUAGCAAUGGUUUUAGGAAAUUACUUCAUUGAAUGCGGCAAUUUACGCAAGGAGUAGUUUUCAGAACAUUUUAGGUAACUGUUGCGUUGAAUGUCACUGUUUACGUAAGAAUUUUACUGUUUACUGAAAGAGUUUACUGUUUUGCGAAAGAUUUUACGCACAUUACGCUAAUGUCGCAUGAGGCCCAACAUCUUUUUGGAGAUAUUUAGAAUGUGCUAAUUUCAAUUUAAUGAGAUCCACGUCAAACAAGGGAACAUUUACACUUUCAGGAAGCUGUAAAGAGAAAUUUCCUUUUGAGUCAGGUUAAGUUUAAGUCUAUAGUCCAUGUCAGUCUCUGGGCUCCACACUGGUGUUUGAAACCCCUUUAAAUAGGUUUUUUUUAACGUGACUUGUGAUUAUGCACUCUUCACAAGCAAUAAUAUGACUUGCAGGACCUUUGACUAGUGUCUCAAACUCUACUGGACAUUUUUCUGGAGAUGGUUUAAGCUAAGUCUUAAAAAAAAAAAAUAACAAACAAAAAAAAACAGAUUAAACCACUACUAAGAUGUUUCUGUUCUCAGAAAACCCUCCUGUAAAGUUUCUGCUCUCGCUAAAGGCAAUAAAUUACCUGCUCUAAAGAAGGAACAUCAUGAUAGUGUGUAGUUGUUUAGUCUCUGCGGGUCUCAUGAUCCAUUCUUGUCGUCAUCUCUCAGGUGUCCGUUAGCCUCGGCUAGCCAAACCUUCACCAACUCUUGUGUUUCUACUGCAAAGAUAAAAUUGAUUCUUGACUUACUCAGGCAUAUCAACUAUAAUGCUGCAUUUUUAGAGAGAAAUGUAAUGACCCUGCCCAGCAAAACGGUGUACAGACAUCAGCAUUUUAAAUAAGUUUGGUUCUGCCACUGAGAUAGAUUUACUCAGGCAUCUCAAUGCAUUCUUUGUGUGUUUCAAAAAUGAAAUUGUCUUUUACUUUAAUGCAGAAUGCCCUGUAUGGGGACACCAAAAAUGAUAAAGUACCAGAACAGUAAUCCAUAUGACUCCGCUUUGUGUUAGUCUUUAUUUGUUUUCUGAAAAUCUGUGCCAUAGCUUUUAAAUCUUAUUUGCGCAAUUUAAAUAUGGCUCGUCAAAAUGUAUUGCACGUGUUAGUCUUUUCUCUCAUCGUUGAUGCAAAACCUUGUGCAACGCAUAUUGACGUUCCAAUGUUUUAAUUGGAACGCGAACAAGAUUUGAGCUCUUGUGGAAGCAAAAAUAUUUCGCUUGACUGCCCGUGGUCACUAUAUGCUUUCUUAGAAUGGAAAAGAGCAACUUGUAUGUUCUGCUUAACGUAAUUUUUGUGUUCUGCGGAAGAAAACCCAUUUGGGUUUGGAACGGCAUGAGAGUAAGUGAUGAUUUUUAUUUUGGUUUGAACUAUUCAUUUUAAAACCCAAAGAGCAUUUGUGGAGCAUUCAUGUGCCCUAAAUCCUUUUUAACUGUUCUAGAAUCUGCUCAGUUAGGUCAGUGACAUCCCAAUGUCACUUGUUGCUUGCUCAUAUACUGUGGUGAACAUUAGGUUGUAAAAUAAUGUAAAGAAAACUAGAGGACCAGGAUUUCGGGAUUUUGGAUCCAAAUCUUUAGUCUUCAUGAGAUAAAACAGAAAUGAGUGUGUACGUACCAAGCUGUGGUCAUAAAGUAGAAACAAUUCUUAAGUUGAAAUCUCUCAUGCUGACUGACUGUACUGCAUUUGGUUUAUUAGGUGGUUUUGAAGUGCAACAGGAAACUUGGGAAUGGAACAUUGCACAGGUGUUGUGUGUAUCUGUGGGAGAGUUUUCUGUGUUUUAUUAUAAUUAAACAAUUGUUUGAAAUAA